AAUGCCCGCUAAAAUUUCGAGUAACACUGUGAUGUGAUUUAAGACCGUAGUACAGGGGAUAUUCGCUUAAUUAUAACUGGUAAAAAAAUGGAAGAAUUUCCUUUGGGUUAUCGGGAAGUCGUGCCUGACCAAACCGUCCCGGAGAAAUGGAACGAAAUCACGUUGAACACUGGGGGGAGCCAAAGCACCUUGCAAGACAUAAAGGUUCCGGAGAGAGCCGGAGGAUACUCGUACAGUGACUGCUCAAAAUAUUUUACACGCAACAGAUUCAUUUAUUGGCAUAUCUGCCACGAUGUACUCGAGUUAGUUGAACACAGUUUAGAUCUCAAUCUAGCCAAUUGCCGUGUCAGAUACAAGUUCACAGAUACACCCAUUUUAGAUGGAAUUUCUAUACACGAGACAGUGAACUCUGUUAUCAUAUUGAUAGCAACUGUCUCCAGUGUUCACAAGCUGUCCUUUCCGCAUCCCGAACGAAUUCAUAAGAAUGAUCAUUCUUUAAGCACGUACAAAGACUUGAGCGUACAGUCAAUUUUUAGCGAAGCAUCUACUCAGAAUGUAAAGAAGACAAAAGAGGAUCCACAGAUGUUUUACGUUAUUACAAAUGCAGGGACUACGAAUUCUCCAGUUCCUCAUGCAGCCGCUUCGUGGUUCAUUCCACCACAAGAAGCUUUAUUUGCUCUCGCCUACAAUUCUGGGACGAUUCUACUUCUGAAACUAGAUAUAAAAACAGGUCUCGUACAUGCCAGCGAGUUGAAGCAAGAUUCGAUGGUCCCGAGAUUCCUCAGCGGCAUAGCUACGGCUUUGAGAGGACGCACGUCCGAAGCUCACGUGGCUAUGUCGUUGACGAUACACAAUUGCGAGAACGAUACAUAUCUGUUUGCUUUAUGCCGCGAAGGCAAUAUCCGCAUGUGGUCUUGUAACAAGGCUCAAUGCGUUGCCGUGACCGACGCGGCGAUCGAUAAUCGCGUAGCAUCCCAGGGAGCACAGGGUCACGUUUUACGGAAGACUUUAGGUCCUAACAACGAACUGUAUCUAGCCACCUUUCUCAAAUUCAGCACGAGAUGCGAGUUCAGUAUAUUAAAACCGAUCCAGGAGAACGGCAUGUUUCAAUUCGUUCGACUGUGCACCAGGUUCGCACAAGAUCAACAUCUAGUGGAUUUCUCUUUCACAACCACGCGAUUGUGGGCAGUCUGGAGAACGACAGACAUGGACGCGGUCGAAGUAACGCAUACUCAACUAGCGUUAAAUGGUACGCGUGUGAAUUCCGAAUGGGAGGCAGCAGUUUUGGAACAAACGCCGGACAGAGAUUACAUCCUGAGCGAUGCGGACACAGAUCCGAGACAAGCUUACAUCAAUCACAUCUUCCAUCCUGGACAAUUCUCCUUAGCAGAUAUAGCGAAAGCUCUGAACAUAUAUCGUAGAUCUAAUAUUAUAGAGGAUAAAAUCCUGUCUAGCAGCGAAUUGAAGGAACGCGUCUGUAUCGCGGUUGAAGCGGAGAUCCAGGCUGAGAUCAUGGAUUACGAACUGAUGGACGAAGAUUAUUUAGAGAUUGCGAAUCGCUGUUGGUCCAAGUAUUACUCCUGCGUUAUACAGUAUCACGCGAACAGUACCAGACCGGUUGGAAUACUCUUACUACCAAGCGUUUAUGGAGUAGUUCUACUCAAAAAGUCGUCUUUCUCGCUUUUGAGACCGAUGGAAGCAUUGGAGUAUUUGAUGUUUUGCAACGAGAGAUCGUACACCUCGCGGUUUAAGGCGACGCCGGUUUUAUCGCAAGAUGAAGAUAUUUGUCAAGAUCUGAUAACGUUAAUGUCAGCCUUGGUAUUAUUAGACGAGCAGCUAUCGGAAGAGAUUAAAACAGCGAUAAAGAGAGAAUUGUAUCAUCUGAGAAGUCCUGACAUCAUCGUCGACGAUUUAUUAUCAAAACUGAUGCUGGAGUCAGAAGAACCGAUCAGUACGUUCAUCACGCACCAUCCUAGUUGUCACAAAUUAUCAAACGUCAGAGAUGUAUCCAGUGCUAUGGCGAUGCUACUAGAAACGUUGACCUAUGAUAUCGGCCAACCAGACAAGAUGCAGUUGAAUGACGAGGAUCACGAUACCUCGAAAAUGUUACUUAAUAUAAAUCAUUUCUUCAGUAGUCAAUUAGGAAUAUCCGCGAUUUCGAAGAGCGUGGCGCAAGUAACUCAACUGAGAUUCGCUGUCUGCAGGAAUCUACUGAUUCUUCAACAAAUGAUACUGCUGAGACCUGAAUUGUUCGACUCGAGAUCGCUGCAUUCCAUUAAAUCUUCCCUAGCUCCGAAAACAGUCGUCUUAACGCAAGCUUACUACGUUCUCACGUGGAUCUGCGAAUCUACAGCAUUACCAAUACCCAUACAGUCGCUACUAGACUCCAGUGUUCAACGUUUAGCACUGCUGAAGCUUAUCGAUGCAAGAGCGAAUCUGGACACGAGGUACAAGGACACGGGAUACAAGCAACCGCGGUCUCUGUCUUUGCUGGAACUGUUCAUACAAAACAGCGGCGCGAAGCACGCUCACAAUCUGAUGGCACACACAAAUCUGGAUGCGAGCACCCUGAUCCCGUGGCACUACGGCAUGCUGACUCACAUCACGCUCAUCGCACAAGUCAUAUGGCCGAGAUCGGGGAAUUUCAUCUUCCCUGAAUGGUUGCUUUCUAGCUGUCAGUUCUUGCUGGUCCAAGAAUACGUCAGGCUUUUGAAUACCUGGUGCGAAUGGAACAGCGCGUCGAGGAAGUUCAUAUUAGCCGUCGCGUUGCUAGAAAUGGGAGAAGCACAGAAGGCUUGCGAUCAUUUUUUAAGAGCCUCCGGUGGUGUACUGGUCGACGAGUUUCUAGCCGACGCCGUGCUCGAAACUAACAUGAUAUCCGAGAACAAUUCAUUAAUUCAGUAUUACUUGAAAGUCAUCAAACUGUUUGAAGAACAUAACGCGGCGGACUGCAUCAUAGAGCUUGCCGAAACGGCUAUAUUAAUGGCAGACAAGUGUGAUCCUAAUCUGCCGACGCUGCACUCGAUCGUGUUCACCCAGCACUUGAAUUUGGGCCACCACACGAAAGCGUACAACUGUUUGAACUCAAAUCCAGACUCCGCGCGCAGAGUUGACUGUCUGAGACAGUUAGUGGUGACCUUGUUUGAGCGCAAGAAGCUGAUAGACCUGAUCUCGUUCCCGUACGUCGACAUGUACGAGGAUUUGGAGAGGAUAGUGGAAGGCAGAGCUAGGAGCGUGGACCUCCUCGAGAAUAAUUACUACAAUUUCUUAUACAGCUUCCACAUUGACAAAGGAAACAUGCGUAAAGCUGCAUCGGUGAUGUACGAGCAGGCAAUGCGUUUGAGCCAAGAGCCACAGUCGGUCGCAGUCGUGUCGAAACAAGCACAGUGUUUACUAGCUUGUAUCAACGCGUUGCAUUUGAUCUCUGAGGUCUACAGAUGGAUCGUCAGGCCAGUGAUCGACGAUUUCGAGGACAUGGACUACGAAGACAUGCCGUUAAGAAGGAGCAAUGACGGGAUUUUGCAUUACAAGAUCAAGAAACAAGUGGAGGUGCUCGAGUUGAGCGAUAUAAAGAAAGAGUAUUACAUAGUGGACGCGAGGUUGAAGGUAUCGAAGAUAAAUUCAGAUCUCCACAUCGUCUCGCACGCCGGACCGUCGGAGCUCGUGAUUAUACUACCGACUAUUGGAUUAUUCACGACUGCGUUACAUUUAUGCGAUCAGUUUAAAAUCAGCAAAAGUUCUGUGUUGGAAAGUUUGACUGCGCAGUGUAUCAGAUUGAGCCGCGGUGAAGAUCCCAAUGCUUGGGACUGGCUUAUUCAGAACGAUAUAUUCGACAUCGGUUUGUCUAAUACGAACGUCUCCAACACUGCUUGGAGAUUGUUAGAAUAUUUGACGUUGAAACAUGAAAAGGAUGAAUGCAGCGAUCUGCAUAAGGCAGUUGCCCGGAAAUUGCUGCAGGAAGGAGCGUUCAUUCCUCAGUGGUUAUUAAUGUCGUACAAGAAACGAAACGCAGCCGAACUGCUCCGUUUAAUGUUGAAUACUGGCAGAAUCGUCGAAGCUAGUGAAUUGGCAGUGGAAUAUAUCAAUGCUGUUUUGGGUAGCGGUAAAACGAAUUUCGGUCUGAAGACCCAUUUAACGGCAGUUACCCCUGCGGUCUGGCUACCGGUUAACACUUUAGAAGUACUGUUGCAAGAAUUAGAAGAAGUGAAGCACAAUUCAACCUUUACUGAAAGUUACGAGAGACUGCAGAAAGCGUUAAACAGCUAUCAAAAAACGGUGAUGGGAGUGUCGAGGGACAUGGUGGAAAUGAAAAUGAGCUUGAAGAUGCACUAGUAAUAAGAGCACUUUAAUUAAGAAAAUAUAUGUAUUAGAAAAAUAUCGCGUGAGUGUGUUUGCAAUUGUUUACUAUCGUCAACGAUAGGACGUUGCAUCGCGUGUGUAUGGUGUGCGUGAAAC